AUGAUGCGAGAUGAGAGGGGCCCUCCUUCCAUGCUGGGCCAUGCCUCUGCCUUCCUGGCGACGAAGUCAUCGAACUCUGCGGUGCAAAGCAGUUGUUGGUACCUGGAUUGGCCCUCGCAGUGGACGGAUUUCUACGAACACGCCGCUGAUGAAGGUCCGCUGCAGAACCAGUCCAACAGGAGGCUGCUGGGUGGUGAAGCCGCGCUGUGGACGGAGCGGAUGGAUUUCACCAACGUUCUGUGCCGUGCCUGGCCGCGGGGCUUCGCUGUAGCAGAGCGGCUCUGGUCCGACACCAAGCCUGGCGCCAUUGCGUCGGAGCAGAGAGACCCCCAGGUGGACCGACGUUUGGAGCUCCAGAGCGAACGCUUUCAACGGUUGCAUCGCUUGAACUUGAGACCCCUGAGGCCAGGCGGGACUGCGCCGCUCGAGGUCCUUCAGAGCGACUUGAAGAACGUGGACAGGACCUGUCCACUACUGGAGAGCCAGGCUAUCCAACGGGAUGAACCACCCGGGAAGGUCCCAGUUGACGAAGAGUCGGUCACCCCGGGCACCGAAACGCCGAAACGUCUCGUCAAUGCCAAGCAAACUCUGAGCAAUGUGAACAAGGACUUGCGGCAAAGCUGGAGUCGUGGAGAAGGGACCCUGAACUUUGCCUCAUUUGGGCCACCUUUUGUACCUCAUCGCCCUUGAGCUUGGCUGAUGGCAUUGCAUUAGCGAAGACACGCAGGUCUGCACAGGAGGCAUUGCAGCUGCUGACUGGUAAAGGC